GGUGCUGACAAGCUCUGUCUGACACAUUUCUCCUGGGCUCCUCUGAAUGCUGCACCUCACCUCCCCAGGAGGUCGGGGCCCGUUGGCAGCCCCCUGCCCUGUGCUCAGACGUUGGCAACAGCAGCCUUCAGUGAGCCAGUAGAUGUCUCUCUGUGGCUCCCCUCCAAAUCAGAACCUCACCUAACUCUCUGCUGACAACACCUGGGCACUGUGGAGGAGGGAGACCCACCUACCGGCUGCCAACCCAGGACCCUGCUGCGACUGGAAGGCUGCUCAGGGCUGGGACACCCUGAGGCGGUGUCACCUGCCUGGAGGCAGCCAUGCGGUAUCCUCCCUGAGGAGGAGCCUCCCCAACCAGGUCCUUCCCUGGGCAAGGUGAUGACAACAUCAGAGGACCUAGGCCCAGUCCAGCCUGGCGGGAGCAGCGAGCUGAGGGUGAUGUUGGACUCGGUGACACACAGCUCCUUCCUGCCCAAUGCAUCCUUCUGCGACCCCCUAAUGUCGUGGACGGAUCUGUUCAGCAAUGAGGAGUAUUACCCCACCUUUGAGCAUCAGACAGCCUGCGACCCCUACUGGACAUCUGUGCACCCUGAGUACUGGACUAAGCGCCACGUCUGGGAAUGGCUGCAGUUCUGCUGCGACCAGUACAAACUGGACGCCAACUGCAUCUCCUUCUGCCACUUCAACGUCAACGGCCUGCAGCUGUGUAGCAUGACACAGGAAGAAUUUAUCGAGGCUGCCGGCAUCUGCGGGGAGUACCUGUACUUCAUCCUCCAAAACAUCCGCUCCCAAGGUUACUCAUUUUUUAAUGAUGCUGAAGAGACCAAGGUUGCCAUCAAAGACUAUACUGGUUCCAGUUGCUUGAAAACAAGUGGCAUCAAAAGUCAAGACAGCCACAGUCAUAGUCGAACAAGUCUGCAAAGCUCACAUCUAUGGGAGUUUGUCCGAGACCUACUCCUGUCUCCUGAAGAAAACUGUGGCAUUCUAGAAUGGGAAGAUAGGGAACAAGGUAUUUUUCGGGUGGUUAAAUCAGAAGCCUUGGCAAAGAUGUGGGGACAAAGGAAGAAAAACGACAGAAUGACGUACGAAAAGUUGAGCAGAGCUCUAAGGUACUACUAUAAAACGGGAAUUCUGGAACGGGUAGACAGACGGCUAGUGUACAAAUUUGGAAAGAAUGCACACGGGUGGCAGGAAGAGAAGCUAUGACCUGUUCCCUCAUCAAACUCCUUCUAUGGUUUCAAACACCCAAUUGCAACAGACAUUUGAAAGUCUUUGUGUUUUAUUUUCACACCUGCAAACCUGCUGAUAAAAUUGCACCACAUUUCAUUCCAUAAUCUGGAUUCAGAGUUGUUGUCUACUUGGGGUGAUGGCAGUAACCCCUAAGAAAUCUUUUUCUAUUGCUUAUUCUUAACCUACAGGGAGGAGGUAAUCUUUUUUGUGUUACCUUGAUCAAACAUUAUUUCCUCAACUGAAAGUUGCAAAACCACAACGCCUUUGGUGCUGCUCAGAGAACAAAAAAGGACCCAAUUCUGCCACUUAGAGACCCAUCCAGUGCAUUCAUCCCACAGACUCAAAAGUAUUCAGAUGUGUAAAUGGAAGUUCACAAAAGGAAAACAAAAAGUGAUUAGUCUGUAGUUACUAUAGUAGGAAGGGUGAGAUGUGGGUAAGGCAAACAUACUGUAGAUUUUAAAUCAUGAAAGUCAAAUUUCAUAGAAAAGUUUCUUAAUUAAUGAAAGAGCUAGGUCAUCAAGCUGGGGCAUAAUUGGAUUUAGCAUAGGUUAGUAGUAAGUUUCUAAACCAGAACAUCUUUUUGGCCAUUUGGCAACACUCCCAUGAUCAUCCUUCUAGGCUAACGUGAUUAAAAUGGUAAGUCUUACUGAGUUAAGCCCCUCCCUCUCCUACUGACUGGGGGAGGGGGGCAAAUCGGGUAUGCAAAGAGUCAAUAGUUGCAUCGCUUUCCAAAGCACAGCCAUUUCUGUGAUUCCAGCUGUUAGUUCAUUCAAGUUCAUUCAUUGAUUUUUUUGUCUUAAGGCCAGGACUUUAGACCCUUACAGAACUGAAGUUGUCCUCUGCAAUGGCCAAUUCAAUUAUGAGCCUUUCUUAUCUUGUCUUCCUACCUAAUAAGUACACAAGUUCUAAAACACAUAUAUCCUUGACAAAAAUAGCAACAGUGAAUUUACGCCGCAGGUUCAAGUCUGCACUGACAUUUUUUUUCCACCAGUCAUUGGGAGGUCAACCAUUAAUGGCCUGGAUCCAGCUAGGUGAACCGCCCUAGGACUCUACUGGGCCAGAGCAGAGAGUUUCAGCUGCCCAGAUACUGGGUCAGUAGCACAGGUGGGGAACCACCAUGCUUAAAGUUUAACUUCAUAUGUAACUGGUUUAAAAAAAAAUGUGAAUUACUGUAAAAUAAUCUAUUUUUUUUUGGAUUAAUGUGUUUUCCACGUGGAUUUAGUUUGUGAAAAAUGUGAAUAAAAUAUUUAACAUGUUAAAGUCUA